CCAACAUCUUCCUGCCUGAUCACUUUCUCUCUCCUUCAUCGUGAAUCCUUCUUAUCCAUGGAGUUUUGUGCCUUUAUCCGUUUCUUCUUUAAAUCUUUUUCUCUCUCCUCAAUCUUCAUUCAACUUCUCUCCGCAUUUGCCCGUAUAUUAAUCCAAUCUGGCCCACCAAACAAACCAUGCGGCUGCGAAAUCUGUCAAGGAUUCCUCACCCGUAGCUGGUCCAAAAAAUUCCAUAACCUCUGCGAUUGGUACUCCCACUUACUCCAAAAGUCCCCGACGGCAACCAUCCACAUCCACGUCGCCGAUAAUAUCAUCACCGCCAAUCCCCAAAACGUAGAACACAUCUUAAGAACACGAUUUGACAAUUACCCAAAAGGAAAACCAUUCUCUGCAAUCCUAGGUGAUCUACUAGGAAAAGGAAUCUUCAACGCUGAUGGUGAUUCCUGGAUUUUUCAACGCAAAAUCUCUAGUCUUCAACUGGGUAGUGUCUCUGUUAGAUCAUAUGCUUUCCGGGUUAUCUCGUCGGAGAUUCAGAAUCGACUUAUUCCGUUGAUGGAAUCUAUUUGUGAUGAAACAGAGCAUGUUGUUGAUUUACAGGACGUGUUUCGUCGGUUUGCUUUUGAUACUAUUUGUCGAUUUUCGUUUGGUUUAGACCCUGGUUGUCUUCACCGGACAUUACCCGAAUCGGAAUUUGCAUCUGCUUUUGAUAAGGCUUCGAAACUUUCGGCUGAGAGGGCUAUGACUGCAACUCCUCUGGUUUGGAAGAUGAAGAGGUUUUUCAAUUUGGGAUCUGAGAAAGAACUUAGAUCCGCCAUUAAAGCCAUUAACAUUUUGGCUGAUGAGGUGAUUAAGCAGAAAAGGGAAAUGGGUUCUGAUCAAACUCAAACACAGAACGAUCUUUUAUCUAGAUUCAUGGAAACAAUCAGCGACGAUGAUUACUUAAGAGAUAUUGUCGUCAGCUUCUUAUUAGCCGGACGGGAUACAAUUGCGUCAGCCCUAACAAGCUUCUUCUGGCUAUUAGCGAAGAACCCUGAAAUCAUAUCAAAAAUCCGUGAAGAAUCGAAUCGGGUUAUGGGUGAAUCGGAUAGGGUUCUUCCCAAAUUCGAGGAGCUUCAAAAGAUGAACUAUUUGCAGGCUGCGGUUUACGAGAGUUUGAGAAUCUUCCCGCCGGUUCAGUUUGAUUCGAAGUUUGCUUUACAACCGGAUGUUCUUCCGGAUGGUUCAUUUGUAAACGUAGGGACCCGGGUGACUUACCACCCGUAUGCAAUGGGUCGGAUGGAGAAAAUAUGGGGUUCGGAUUGUCUUGAAUUUAAGCCGGAAAGGUGGUUAAACGACGGGAUGUUUACUCCGGCGAAUCCUUUUAAUUAUCCGGUGUUUCAGGCCGGAGUUAGGGUUUGUUUGGGGAAAGAAAUGGCUUUGGUGGAGAUGAAAUGUGUGGCGGUUUCUUUCAUUAGGAGGUUUGAUAUUCAAUUGGUGGAAUCGGGAGAGACCACUUUAAGGUUUGCUCCUGGUUUGACGGCCACCAUAUGCGGCGGAGUACCUGUGGCUAUCCGUCGGCGACGGUGAGAUGUAUAACAAAAUUAAGUAAAAAUUUUUUUUGGAUAUCUCGAGUCUGCAUGAGGUCCUGAAUUUGAACCUGUUAGACUAUAAGUU